UCUCCACACUGUUAACGGGACUGUAAUGCUGCCUGUGUUUGGUUGCUAACAGCAUUCACCCUGAGUGAAGGGUCAGGAUCAGGACCAGGACCAGGAUCUCUCCCGAGAGCACCAGAAGGAACAGAACUGAGGAUGUCUCGAGAGCAGAAGGCCGUGGAACGCGCCAGGAAGGCAUUUGCAACUGGCCGCACCAAAUCGCUGGAGUACCGCAUCAAUCAGCUGAAGAAUCUGCAGCGCCUCAUCGAGGAGAGGCAGAAGGAAAUCGCAGACGCUCUCAAAAAGGACCUCAGUAGGAGUGAGGUUGGCACCUGCCUAUAUGAAACUGUGGGUCUGGAGGGAGAGAUCCAACUGGUCAUAAGGAAUCUGGCGAAGUGGGCUGCCCCUCGGCCAGCAGCUAAAAACCUGUUGACCCUUUCGGAUCAGUUGUACAUUCAGCCACAGCCUCUGGGAGUGGUCCUCAUUAUCGGAGCCUGGAACUACCCCUGGGCUGUCACCAUCCAGCCCCUGGUUGGAGCCAUUGCGGCAGGCAAUGCUGCUGUUAUUAAACCUUCUGAGGUGUCUGUUCACACUUCAAAAGUGAUGGAGGAGCUCCUGCCAUUGUACAUCGACAAGGAGAUGUACCCUGUUGUGACUGGUGGAGUUUCAGAGACUCAGGAGCUCCUGAAGCAACGUUUUGAUCACAUCUUCUACACUGGCAACUGUGCGGUGGGCAAGUUGAUCAUGGAGGCAGCCUCUAAAUACUUAACCCCUGUUACUCUGGAGCUGGGUGGAAAGAGCCCUUGUUACAUCGAUAAAAACUGUGAUCUUACCAUUGCCUGCCGCCGUAUUGCUUGGGGAAAGUACUCAAACUGUGGUCAGACUUGCAUCGCCCCAGACUACAUCCUCUGCGACCCCAGCAUCCAAGACAGAGUUAUUGAAGAGAUCAGGAAAUGUGUGAAGGAAUUCUACACUGAUGACCCCAUAAGCUGCCCAGACUAUGGACGCAUCAUCAACCAGCGCCACUUCAAAAGAGUGAUGGCACUGGUGGAAGACAGCACUGUGGCUGUAGGAGGAGAAAAUGAUGAGUCCCAGUGCUACAUUGCCCCCACAGUCCUCAGGGAUGUGCAGCCAGAAGCGAAAGUGAUGCAAGAGGAGAUCUUUGGGCCUCUGCUGCCCAUCCUCAGUGUCAGCAGUGUGGACGAAGCCAUCAAAUUCAUCAAUGAAAGAGAGAAACCCCUAGCCCUCUACAUCUUCACCUCAGACAACAAGCUGAUCCAGCGUAUGAUCUCAGAGACUUCCAGUGGUGGAGUAUUGGCCAAUGACUGCUUGGUUCACUACUCAGUCAGCUCUCUGCCUUUUGGUGGUGUUGGCAACAGUGGGAUGGGCAGCUACCAUGGAAAGUUCAGCUUUGACCAUCUGAGUCACAUGAAGGGCUGCCUAAUCAAGCAACUGAAAAUGGAGGGGGCAAACCAGAUGCGCUACGCCCCACACACGGCCAAGAAGUUAAGCUGGGCUCGCUUCUUUGUGCUCAAAGAGGCGCAGCUGAGCAAGCUGGGCCGUUUGGCUCUACUGGCUAUGCUGGCUGUCGUCGCUGCAGUUAUAAUACAGAGAUACUUUGCUGACUAAGGGAAGUCACAGUUUACACCAGAGUUUGAGGAAAACAGGAUUUUGGUCACGUAGUGGUCUGUAUCCCUGCUUAAGCGCUGCUCCACUCCCCUGCCUUAAUCUGAAAGGGCCUUGAACCCAGCCACUGUAAAUCACUUCUCAUAACAAUGCUGCAUCUAAUGAAGGCUAAAUUAGCUUCAUGCUAAUUGAUAACAGUUUCCUAAUGUGACAUUUGUGUUAUAGCGGUUUUACUCUGUGAUUAAUUUGUUUAUAUCUGUUAGCUCUGGCUGAAGUACAUUUAUUUUUCCUGUUUUCAAAAAGAAUUUUUUAGAAUAAUUUUUCAAUGAAGGAAGAGAAACAUUUCACAGUGAUUUAGUGCUGUUGCACUGUAGCAUCAUACCAUCUAUCUCAGUAUAUCUCACUGUAUCUCACUUUAGUAAUGUUUAUAACAACACUUUUUAGUUAAAAAUGCACAUUUCAAGAAGGUUUUUUUGAGAGUUUACUCAUAAAAUGAUCAGAAAAACACUGAUAUUCUGCUGCUUGCAGGGCAGGAAGAUAAUUGAAGAAUGGGUUCGGUCUACUUUAUAUCAAUUAUGUGCUGAUUAUUAGUUGAAAAUGUUCUAUAAGUUGAAAUAUUGAAAGACUGCAAAUACAUAACUUCAUAGCAGAGAUGAGUCAUUCCAAAAGCAGAUGGUGAAAGCACUUGCACAUUUUGGUGUUUCUCCCUGAUGACUAAAUGAGUUUCUCAGCUAAUUAUAAGCCUUUGGUAAGAUUUAAGUGUGUCUUUAAGUGACUAUUGGUUAUAUUAAUAUGGAUCACUAUUGGUUAUAUUAAUAUGGAUCGGUAUUGGUUAUAUGAAUAUGAAUUGGUAUUGGCUAUAUUAAUAUGGAUCACUAUUGGCUAUAUUAAUAUGGAUCGGUAUUGGUUAUAUGAAUAUGAAUCAGUAUUGGCUAUAUUAAUAUGGAUCACUAUUGGUUAUAUUAAUAUGGAUCGGUAUUGGUUAUAUGAAUAUGAAUCAGUAUUGGCUAUAUUAAUAUGGAUCACUAUUGGCUAUAUUAAUAUGGAUCAGUAUUGGCUAUAUUAAUAUGGAUCACUAUUGGUUAUAUUAAUAUGGAUCACUAUUGGUUAUACUAAUAUGGAUCGGUAUUGGCUAUAUUAAUAUGGAUCGGUAUUGGUUAUAUGAAUAUGAAUUGGUAUUGGCUAUAUUAAUAUGGAUCACUAUUGGUUAUAUUAAUAUGGAUCGGUAUUGGUUAUAUUAAUAUGGAUCGGUAUUGGCUAUAUUAAUAUGGAUCGGUAUUGGUUAUAUGAAUAUGAAUUGGUAUUGGCUAUAUUAAUAUGGAUCGGUAUUGGUUAUAUGAAUAUGAAUCAGUAUUGGCUAUAUUAAUAUGGAUCACUAUUGGCUAUAUUAAUAUGGAUCAGUAUUGGCUAUAUUAAUAUGGAUCACUAUUGGUUAUAUUAAUAUGGAUCACUAUUGGUUAUAUUAAUAUGGAUCGGUAUUGGCUAUAUAAUAAUAUGGAUCGGUGUUGGUUAUAUGAAUAUGAAUUGGUAUUGGCUAUAUUAAUAUGGAUCACUAUUGGUUAUAUUAAUAUGGAUCGGUAUUGGCUAUAUUAAUAUGGAUCGGUAUUGGUUAUAUGAAUAUGAAUCAGUAUUGGCUAUAUUAAUAUGGAUCACUAUUGGCUAUAUUAAUAUGGAUCACUAUUGGUUAUAUUAAUAUGGAUCAGUAUUGGUUAUAUUAAUAUGGAUCGGUAUUGGCUAUAUUAAUAUGGAUCACUAUUGGCUAUAUUAAUAUGGAUCGGUAUUGGCUAUAUUAAUAUGGAUCACUAUUGGUUAUAUAAUAUGGAUCACUAUUGGUUAUAUUAAUAUGGAUCGGUAUUGGCUAUAUUAAUAUGGAUCACUAUUGGUUAUAUUAAUAUGGAUCACUAUUGGUUAUAUUAAUAUGGAUCACUAUUGGUUAUAUUAAUAUGGAUCGGUAUUGGCUAUAUUAAUAUGGAUCACUAUUGGUUAUAUUAAUAUGGAUCACUAUUGGUUAUAUUAAUAUGGAUCGGUAUUGGCUAUAUUAAUAUGGAUCAGUAUUGGCUAUAUUAAUAUGGAUCACUAUUGGUUAUAUUAAUAUGAAUCAGUAUUGGCCAUAUUAAUGUGGAUCAGUAUUGGCCAUUUUAAAAUGGAUCACGAUUGGCUGUUAUUGUGGAUCACUAUUGGCUAUAUUAAACCAGAUCCGAUACCACUCCUUUGUUAAAGCUAUUUUACGCCAUUGCGCACUGUUUACACUACUUUUGUAGAAGUGAUAUAAACUGACUUUAUCCACAUAUGACAGUGAGGCAUUUGAAGUUUGAAAUUUGAAGUGUGUGGCUAUUACACAGCAUAGAUAUUAGAGCAACUUGACAUGUGAAGGACCUUUUACUGCAGCAUUGCAAAGUGGUGAUCUAGCAUAUCCUCCCUAAUGCAUAUGAAAUGUGCACUGUUCAGCUGUAUUAUAUACAAAAAUACAAAUAGCAGAUCAAACUCUAUCAACAAAUGCUUAAUAUUAAAAGACUCAGAUAGAGGCAGAAGAACUGUAUUGGGACAUCCCUAGUAAACUCUAUAAAGUAGAGUGCAGAUGUAAUUCUUAUUGUUUUGGAUUGCUGCUUACUGAUGUAGCAGACUUAUUAAGCAUUACAUUCACAAUAUUGAUUUCUGAGAGCACAGCAAGAUGUCCUAGAAAUGCAUUCCCCUACUGUUUCAGAGUAUUUGAAGAUUGUACAUCUCCUUGUUCUUACAUUUCAAUUUUUAUUAACUCUAAAAAGUGAAUUUUAUGAAGGCAUUUUUAUCUGUAAAAUAAACACAUUUUUAAAGAGAUGAGUUUUUUUUUGACGCGUUUCUGGUUUUGUGUUUAAUUGUGUAGGUAAUAUCAUGGUUUAGUUAAGCAGCGUUUUUUUCUGUUAGAUCUUACAGAAUUGUGUUGAAUUUUGCUCUGUGUAUUCAUUCUAAAAAGCAUUCUUUUGGUGAAAUUUCAGCACCACUAAUACAACCAAUAUGUUAUUA